GCCGCUGUUGGGACUUUUCACCGCUCAAAAUUUUUUUUCGCAGCUCCCUCUUCUCCCAAGUAUCGUCACGUGAUAACAAUUUCACGUGACUAUGAUUAGGUAACUAUGAGCUCAUCACAUGCGCGGGCAUAAAAAAUAGGUCGCGCUGUCAGGGAAUCUCGCGAGGAGCCCACAAGAACCUGAUUGCUGUUACUCUACUCUCUUCUCUCUUCAUUUAUCUACUACAGAAUUGCUUUUACGAGAGAAAACUGCAAAAGAGAACAGGAUCAUCAUGUCGCAUACACCAGUCUCCGCCGAUACCGUGCACCCACGGGGCAUCCUCAAGAACCCGCCGCCUCCGGAGCGAUACCACCAGCCGCCUCCGCCGAUCGAUCGCGAUCUGCUGCUGCAAAACACGGAGCGCAAUGCGGCGAUGCACGGCGACCGGUCAAUGAUGAACAUCAAGCCGCUGGAGAAGAAACCGGCGGCGGUGGAUCCGCUGGCUGACCGCGGGCACACGUCUGGCGCGCCGCUGGUGCAUGCACCGCAUUCGGAGCCGCCGGAAGAGCUGUUGCCGGUCGAGGGCGAGGACGAGGAGACGGCGAGGAAGAGGCAGGAGGCGAGGUUGAAGUGGGAUGAGGCGAAUAUCUAUCUGACCGAGCAGGAGCGGACGGCGACGAUGAAGAUUACCGAGCCAAAGACGCCAUACGCUGCCUCUGUUGAUCCGUCAGAUCUGGUGGAUUACGACGACAAUGACGAGAUAAUCAACCUGACAUUAAACGGAAUCAAUAACGGAGUGGGCGCGAAGCCUAGUUCGGACGUGCCAGAUCUUGAUUUGGGUGAGCCAGAGGAGAAUUACGCUGCUGUGCCGAGCGAAGAGUCGCGGAUCAUAGUCGACGAGAGCGCUGCGGCCGCGGACGAGCGAGAAGAGCAGGCCAACGACGAGAACACAGAGCCAACCGAGACAGAAGAGGAAAGACACCGGAGGUUUGAGGAGUUGCGGAAGAAGCACUACGAAAUGAAAGACGCACUGAAGAUCGCGCAGGCGCUGGCGAAGCACCCUGAGGAUGAGGAGGAUGAGGACGAGGAAUAGUGUGUUGAUUACGAUAGUCGUUUUGUGUAUACUGGUUGUAAUUGUGAAUACUCCUCAAGAAUCAAUGGGUCAUCAAACAGUUUAUUAUUAAAGUAAAUGUACAGCUACUCUGACACCCGACCAUCAAAUUUUUAUUGCCUGCAAAAAGAUGCAGACUUCCAGUCGGGUUCUUAUAGAAGCAGUGAGAAGAAACCUCCUCUAGUCUGCGCAGCGCAAAAAACUGUUAGGUUUAAAUCACAGCUAAAACACAGAUUAGGAAGUAAUUAAACGUCCAAUUCUCAGCCGUACUGUCUUUGCUGCGCGUAGA